GAUUUUUCCCAAGGUUAGUGCUAUCCGGGAUCCUUGGGACAUGGACAUCCCUAGCCAAAACCCAAACCUUAACCCACUUAAAACGUCCACUUCAAUGGGGGGGUAGGGACGUCCUAAGGAUACCGUAUUGCAAUAACUUUUUUUCUAACUACACAGAGGAGGUAACGGUGAACAUGGAAAGAAAGCCUACUUCGAGUUGAAAGCUGGAGGCGGGUUGAGUUUAAACACCAAUGAAAUUACACAGACCGGGAAGGUCUGGAGAAGAUUCACAGCAUUACCGAUCAAGAGUAGUUCCCACUGACAAAAUUGAGAAAGAGGCUUUAGUUUGUCCUGACAGUGUUCGCUCGUUUAUGGUAGUCUGUUUAGAAAGGAGAGAUGAGUCUCGGAUCCUGAUUGGAGUUGGCAAACGCGCUCCACUACUGUAUCCAGUCUUUCAACUCCUCUCUCUCCGAAACCAGGAAAUCAUCGAGGUGUGCUUCUCUUUAUCCUGCUUGUGGGUCGUAGGCUAUCCCUUUACGUGUAUAUAGAUGUGUAUCUUGCCAAUAUCGUCGUUUUUAUUUUGUUUUUGAACCCCGGGCUUAGAUCUGAGGCCGAAAAAACUGCAUCGGAGAGGAUCUCCACUCUCUAACAAUGAGUGAGUCCAGUAUCUGCCAGGCUCGGGCCACGGUGAUGAUCUAUGAUGAUGGGAAUAAGAAGUGGCUCCCGGCAGGAACAGGGCCCCAGAACUUCAGCAGGGUCCAGAUCUACCACAACCCCUCUACUAACGCCUUCAGAGUGGUGGGACGCAAGAUGCAGACAGAUCAACAGGUGGUGAUUAACUGUCCGAUUGUGAAAGGCCUGAAGUACAAUGAGGCCACGCCCAACUUCCACCAGUGGCGGGACGCGCGGCAGGUGUGGGGGCUCAACUUUGGCAGUAAGGAGGAUGCUGCCCUCUUCGCCAACGGAAUCACCCACGCACUGGAAGUACUCAAUUCCCUGUCAGACGCAGGUUACGCUACCCUCCCCCGCCCAGUGUCAAAUGGACCCUCCCCAGAGGAACUGGAACAGCAGCGGAGGCUGGAGCAGCAGAGGCUGGAACAGCAGGAGACAGAGCGUCAGGAGAGAGAGAGGCAGGAGUGGGAGAGACUGGAGAGAGAGAGACAAGCUGCAGCAGUGCCCGCUGCACCGUUGGCUCCCCCAGCACCUCCGGGCCCUCCUCCACCCCCCGGCCCUCCUCCGUCUGGGCCCCCUCCACCCCCGGGACCUCCACCCCCAGGACCCCCGGCCGCAGGAUCAGGACCCCCGCCCGCCCCACCGCUGCCCUCCCCGGGAGGAGAUGGGGGCCUAGGGGGAGGUGCAGGGGGCCUGGUGGCAGCCUUAGCAGGGGCCAAGCUCCGCAGAGUGGCCAAGGAUGAUAGUGGUAAUGGUGCUGCAGCUGCCAAGCCUGAUCAAAGCCGCACCAGUGCCUCCAUCGGUGGUGGUGGAGGAGGCUUGAUGGGUGAGAUGGCAUCCAUCCUGGCACGGAGGAAAAAAAUGGCAGACGGUGGGGCUAAGCCACCUGCUAAGAUGGCAGAUAAUGAUGACUCAGAGUCCCAAGGCCAAAGUGACACUCUUGGACGAAGACCUUGGGAGAAAUCAGCCACUAUGCCAAGGGUGAAGCAUGCAGGUGCUAAUAAUGAUGCUGGAGGUGGUGAAGAGACCGAUAUUGAGAGGAUUAAACAGGAGAUUCUUGACGAGAUGCGGAAGGAGUUACAAAAAGUCAAGGAGGAGAUAAUCGGAGCCUUUAUUGAGGAGCUACAGAAGAGGGGCUCCACAUAGUUCUGCUAGCGUGGCGGGAGGAACGGAGGGAUAGAAUGGAUAGAGGAGGUUAUGGCCCUGUGUGGACCUCUCCCCUAUCACCCCCUCCAGUGUACCCCAGGGAUAUUUCUUUCUCUUCCUCACACAUUCACACACCUACAUAAUUGCACAUAAUUGUACCUUAACCCAGGGAACUGAUUUAACAACCACAUCCAAACAAAGGACUAGAUCACCUGCUGCGAUGAUACCAGCUCUCCUCGCUCAUCCCUUCUUGUAUCCAACUUUUCCUUAAUUUCAUGACAACCACUGCAGAGCACAUAAUCACAGCUGUUGUUGCUCUUACUCCUUGUCAUGUACAGUUGUAUCUCUCCCCCCAUGUAUCUGUCCCAUAGAAAUCCUGCUCCUAUUCAUUCCCUUCGUCAGACAGACCAUUGUAUUUACUGGGGUAUUCAGUAAUCAGGGAAGAUCAUAUAAUUCAUUCUUGUUACUGUAAUGGCUGAGUGGAUGGUUGGCUUUUGUAAGAAUCCUCUUUAACCUGGCACAACUUCAACCUCAUACUGCCUUCAAAUAAAAACUUUUAGAUAACCCUUGAAAGCUAGGCCAAUGUUUUGUUGUCUUGGCCCAUCUUGAGAAUGUGGGAAGACCCUACCAGAUUGUUCAUGGACCCUGUGGUUGAGGGCUUUCAUCCACAGCACACACUGCUCCCUGCAGGCCUGGUGCACAACAGCAAGAGCUUAUACUGCCUUGAAGCAAAGUCUACCGCUCCCAAGUGGACUGUUCUGUCAAUGGCCAAAAGAGAGACUACACAAACUUCAAUCCUACAGACUUGGAGGAGAAGUCAGAGGAGACAUGCAAAGGGAAUGUGAUGGACGACUGCCCGGAGUGCUGUGAGAGAGGAGAGUGCUGUGGUUCUGUGCUAUGGAGGGAAUCCUUGUUCUUUCUGCAAUGUACUUGGCCUAGAGAAGGAGUAGCACACAAAAUACACACUAUGUGCCACUCACACUCUCAUCUUUACCUUCUGCUCAAAAGAAGACACUAAUCAGUGGUCCUAAACUGUACUGUUUUCAAUUUUAGGUGUGUUUUUUAACUACAUUGAAAUAUAUAUAUAUAUAUUUUAAUGGCCAUAAGUAAGUCAAUUGGACAUGACCAACUGCCUUGGAGAAUAGAUAUAGAUAUAUUUGUUUUGAGGGAAAUCAUUAGCAAAACUGUAAUAUUAGCAAAGCUGUUUCUAUUUUAAUUGAGGUGAAUGGGAAUUGUUUUGAUUGUUUUCUUUUUAAGAUAUAUUAUUUUGGGUUACUGUUUUUUUCUACUAGAGUUUAAGCUUUUUACACUGAAAUAUAAAUAAAACAUUGUAGAGACACUG